UUGUACACUUUACAGCUUGAAGUUCUUCCGCUUUCAUUCACCCGCCAGCUACUUCAAAGCAAGCGAACUAACGAGUAAAUGUUCGUUUUGACAUUCGGGGUUUCCCUGAUAAGUAUUGAUAUCUAGCAUUAAUUUAAUUGCCGUCAUCAUUUGGCGGCUACAAUGUUUCGUGGUUUUCACCAUCCCGGAGAACUUUCCCGGGGCCCUGCUCCCUUAGGCCACCCAUCCCAUGUACAGCCACCCGGUCCCAGCUACGGAGGGCCCUUUGGCCCGCCACCCCACGUUCCACUGCCUGGACACUUACCUCCUGGAUCUUGUCAUCCUUUCUUACCUCCCGGAUCGGGAAGUGAAUACCUCCACAGGCCCAUGAGGGAACAUUAUAUCAAUACUCCACACUGCAGCAGUUACUCCAUUGACCGGAGCACAGUGAUCAGUCUGGGUAGUCAACAGAUUCUCCCACCAGACACACAGCAUCUUCAGAUGCCACAGUGGCUCGCCAAUCCUUUGGAAUCAUGUCAAAGAGACAAGAGUGAGAACUUGACAGCUGGUGAAGAAUUCCUCAGAUGCCUUGCAGCUAAUAAGCCAGUCCCUGACUUCCUCAAAGGAGUCAACCUGUUGGACGCAGGGAAGGCAUUCAAGGCACCAGGUGUACCAGAAGACCGGGGUUAUGAGAGGCAGAGACUCCGGAGCAAAUCUCGCAGUCCAGCGAAGGAAAGCAGGAGCAAGAGCAAGAGCCGAGCAAAGAGCCAGGUAAGAAGCAAGAGCCGGGCAAGAAGCAAGAGCUGUCCGCGUAGCAGAAGUCGUACCCGAGGGAAAAGCCGGGCAAGAAGCAAAAGCCGACCACGAAGCAGGAGUCGCAGUCGUGGAAAGAGCCAGGUCAGAAGCAAGAGCAAGGCUCGUAGUAGGAGCCGGAGCCGAGGGAAAAGUCGGGCAAGGAGCAAAAGCAGAUCAAGGAGUAGGAGUCGCAGCUAUGGAAAGAGCCGGGGCAGAGUGGACCAUCAUUCAGACCACAGGGACAAAAGGAGCCCCAUUCGGAUCUGUAGCAGCAGGAUCAGUAAUCACUCCUCCGCACACAAUGACCUGCUCGAGGGCCUGAAACGGGUUAUGAACAGCAAGCAACUGGAGGACAGUAUGCCUUCCAUCAAGAAUGCCAUUCUCACAAUACAGGCCAAUAACUUUAGCAGAGAUAUCCAGAGCAGCAGAGCAGUCCAGAGCAACUGUCUUCCAUGUGAACCAGUCUUGGCCAGCAGACAGGACUUUCUUCAAGCCUCAGAUGGGCCUAAGCCAGUCAGUAGACAGGAGGAGACCGACAGCAAUCUUCUCCCCCACGAGAGAGUGGGCUGUGACUUCUCCUGGCUGCAGGGCACCAGGGAGGUCUCGCCUGUUCUGAAGCCGGAGGAGGAUGAGGAGAACUUCCUCUAUGGGAAUGAGGAAAACCAGUCAAAACAACACCCUGCCACCAUGCCUUUUGCACAGUCCACAUCCAUUACCCAGCAGAGCGAUGCAGAGAUCUCCCCAGCAGACCCACCCUACUAUCAAAGCCAGCCUCUGUUUGGGAACCAUGGUGAAGUCCAGGAGUUCAAGAUGCCUCCUCAACCGGUCCAGUCCAGUGUGAGGCCUGAGCAGAGGGUGCAGCCUGUUCCUGCUCCUGAUGUGAAGCCCGCCCCCACUGUGAAGGAAUGUGAGGAGUUCAAGACCAUGUUGAAGAACAUUGGGCUGAAUCUGGGCACGUCAGAGAUCAGUAAGAUGAUGGUCAAGCUGCAGCAACAGAAGGAGGGGAAGAUGCCAGAGCAGAAGAGGGAGGAGAAAGUGCCAUCACCAGCACCAGUGCUGCCUCUUCCUCUUGUAAUUGGGGCAUCACAGGAGCCCAGACUGGCCUCGCCAGCACUCGGGGCAGCACCAAUACGACAAGCAUUGGAGUCAUUACAGUUCAUUAUUAAAGCAACAAGGGAGAAAAGGGCCAAUAGUGAUCCACAUGAUGGCAACCAUUCCCAGAGGAAUUCAGUCAAACAGAAGAGCAAAGAUGACGAGGAGAGUCAGAGGAGAUCGAGACAUGACCAAAUGAAAAGGAAAGAAACUCUUGUGAAGGAACUGGAGGAAUUGCUAAAGCAGGAUGGGUCUACCUUUUUGAUUCCGGUCAUCGGGUUCUACUGUCAGAGGUGUGAGGAGUUCUUCGGAGACCUGACCACUGCUGAGAGCCAUGCAGCAACCCACCGGCGGAAUGAGCCUAGCACGCAGCAGCAUGGAGACAGACGACCUGGAGAGGACAGAAGACACCCUAGCCAUUACAUCGGGCACCCCCUGGGUCCAGAGUGGAGGGACCAGAGAGACCCAAGAGAUCAGAGGUAUCGCAAACUAGACGAAGGCCCAAAGGGUUACAGGAACGACAGGGAGAAGAUCUACGUGAAAGAGGAACGACCUGGAAGCCCCAGGAUAAAGAUGACGAUGGUCCGCGGGCACACCCCACCAGGUCUGCAGAAGGCCAGGGGGAGAGAGGAGGGGAGGGUGGAUAAGGGCUCUUGUGCUGCUUCCUCUGGCCCUGCCAGUGGGAAAUAUGGUAGGAUCAAACUGGAGGAGGUGGAGACCAAAGGAAAGCCCAACGUGGAAGUAUGUGACAAAAAGGACAAAGAUAAAGGAGAAAGCAGUUCUAACAGUGAUGACGAGAAAUGCAAAUCUCCUAAAGGCAACAAAAAGAAAAAGAAGAAGGAGAAAAAGAAGAAGAAGAAGAAGGAAAAGGGUUAGAAGUAAUAGCUGCUGUACUGCAUGUCCUGGUUUGAUUGUACUGUACCUCUCUGGAGGACCUGGCCUUGGGUCAUUGUUUGGCAUCAUUGCAGCUGUUUUCAGAAGUUGGUGCUUUUAAUGUUAGAAAGAAGCAGUAUUCCUCUGAUUUGUUCUCUCCUUUUGGGGUUGUCUUUUUACCCAAACAAACUGUGUUCCUCUGUGUUGUAGUGGAUAACAGCACAUUUCAGGGUGCAUAUGCAGCAUUUAUGAUGUCCAGAAUCGUUUUGCUGCCAGCUACGGAUCCUAUUGUUCAGACCUUUAGUUACUGUAGAUGUGUAUUAAAUAACCCUCCUUAUAUUGGGCCAUGUUUAUGUAUAUUUCACCCGGUACAACCUUGAUUUAGUGCUUCAAGUAUUAUCAAAUGUACUUUUGCCAUUUAAAGGUCAACUGCCAUUUGAAGCGUGUGCUGUCUUUCUUCCUAAUGUUAAACCGUUGAGAUAGAAUUAUUCUGUAAUGAAGAAAUUCUUAUACAUUGUCCUCUUAUAAUCUAGGUCUCAGCAAUUGAUGGCGCAAGGCUAUUCGCAAGCGCACAUGAUCUUGCCAAAGUCAUUGGCUCCUAUCAGGAUGGGAACAGUUGACAUGUUUUUGUAAGGUGAUCACUUUUUUUUUUUGUAUCUGAUUAUAUACAUUGUUUUUGUCUGCUGUUGCUUACUCUCACUUCCUCUUUCUCACACACUAGGCAUUUCCAUUGAUCCAGGUUUAUGCGACAAAAGCAAUGUCAGGGGAAAAAAAUCUUCUGACGUGUAAUAGAAACGGCAGAUAUAUGAGACAUUUUAAAGAUCGACAACAUUUUUAUCCGUUCAAUAGGGUUCUAUUUUUCUUUUGUCGAACUUUCUUUACUGCAACGAAUGAGGGAAACUGUUUUCGAAUAAAUGUUGAUUGUAAAAUACUUUUGAAGGUACGCUGGGCAUGUGAUAUCAUCACAUAACUAUAGGCUCCACUCCUAAAGCCAACGGCUUGAAAAAUAAGUUAACGUAUGGAAUUGUUUUAAGAAGGCCAUACCAUGGAUCAUUUAGCUAUUUGAUUUAGAAUUUUAUGACCCCUUUGGGUAUCAAAAAUAUUUAGUGAUUUCAUCAAAUAUUUAAUUUCACCUCUAUUACUAUAUCCCAUAUGCAUUGAAUAACACAUUAAUAAAUGGCAUAAGACAGUCAAAAAAUAGAUCACAUGGAAUAAGGUUUUAAAGUGUCUGUCCUAGUAAUACAAAAACUCAGGAAAUAGUUUAGUUUAGAAAGUAUUCAUACCCCUUGACUUAUUCCACAUUUUUUUGUGCCUGAAUUAAACAAAACUAAAAAUAAUUCUCACCCAUCUACACACAAUACCCCAUAAUUACAAAGUGAAAACAUGUUUUUAGAAAUGUGCAAAUUAAAUACAGAACUGUCUCAUUUACAUACACUACCGUUCAAAAGUUUGGGGUCACUUAGAAAUGUCCUUGUUUUUGAAAGAAAAGCACUUUUUUAAAAUAACAUUAAAAUAACAUCAAAUUGAUCAGAAAUACAAUGUAGACGUUCAUGUUGUAAAUUACUAUUGUAGCUUGAAACGGCAGAUUUUUAAUGAAAUAUCUACAUAGAGGCCCAUUAUCAGCAGUCAUCACUCCUGAAGCAAUAAAACUGGCAUUCUUUAGACUAGUUGAGUAUCUGUAGUAUCAGCAUUUGUGGGUUCGAUUACAGGGUCAAAAUGGCCAGAAACAAAGUACUUUCUUCUGAAACUUGUCAGCCUAUUGUUCUGAGAAAUGAAGAAGAGAAGGACACUGUACCGUUUAGCCAUACUCCCAAGUACUUGUAUGAGGAGACUACAUUAAGCUCUAAACCCUCAGAGGUAGUAAACCCUCAGAGGUAGUAAAAAAAUAUGAAUUUUCCCAUAAACCUACAGUCAAAUAAAAAUGUGUUUGAAGUGUUUCCAUUACUCAUUUGGGCAAAUUGGACAAUAACAAAUUGAUGACAGUCUGUAUGCCUUCCCACCUAUCUGUUUCAUGUCUCAGGUAGCCUGUAAAAGCCAACAAUAUUUGCCAGAUUCUAAUAAUACUCAUGUGCCAAUGUACUGCCACGGUCCGUGCCAUGGUGAAACAUUCACUCCUGUAGAUCUGAAAUACUUGGAUGGUGAAACUUGCAGUGGUAUGUAUUCAUGGAUGCCAAGGGAAGCCAGGCUUCCCCUCCAAAUGUACCAAUAAAAAUACAAAUCUCUGGG